UUAUUAUGAUCCGUGUGGCGUGCGGUCAUCCCCUCGGAAAUGGUGCAAUGCUGACGACGGCGUUGGAUGCCCAAGCUUCCCAAGGCGCUGCUGCGGCUGCUUCAUCCUCGUCGACUGUCGGAGCAGCUUCUUCAUCGGAUCUCAGCUUUUCGGAAAGACUUUGGCAUAGGCGGACUUCCGCCGGAGUAGAGGAACCUGGGCCCAAUCAUUGGGACGGAAGCUUGGCGACCGUGGACGAGCAGGGAAAACUGCAUCUUACGAUCUCCAGGAACGCACAGGGAGGGUGGUCAUGCGCUGAGGUUCUCCUUCCAUCGUCUUUGGGGUACGGCACUUAUACGGUGCAGGUGUCAUCUCCCAUAAACAGCCUGCACGAGAACGUGGUGCUUGGGCUUUUCACCUACGCGGAUGACGCACAAAGCGAGCUGUCCAACCCCCAUCGCGAGUUCGACGUGGAGGUGGCCAAGUGGGGUGUUGCCAGCGACACCACCAACACCCAGUACGCAGUCCAGCCGUACCAGCUGCCGGGCCAACGCCUCCUCUUCACGGUCGCCGGGCAGGACUCGACAAUGCAUACCAUGACUUGGUCGCCCAGCUCUGUGUCCUGGACCAGCACCUCCGCUUCUUCGGGGGCUGUUCUCCAGUCCUGGUCAUUCGAAAGCUCACCCGAAGUGGGCGCCGUGCCUCCUCCAGGCAGCGAGGUGUUCCACAUCAACCUCUGGCUGUUCGAGGCCAGCCUGCCUCAAGACCACGCGGAUGUGGAGGUUGUCAUCGACGCCUUCUCGUUCACACCUCUCAAGGCACCGGGUCAGAAGCUUUUAUCACUCCAACGGCUUCGCCGGCGUCGUGGCCAGCGCUCAGCAUCAUUUCCGUGAUUCAGGAUCAAUCUUGACGGGUUUAAACCGUUGAAUUGGAUAUUUAUUGCGCAUGUGUUCAUUUGAGGGCUGAUAACAACAGUCCACUUUGUUUAUUUAUUGCUCAUGCGGUGGGUCAAGUUGGCGUAGGUAACAAGGUUAGCAAGUUUGGCGCCAUGCGCCCUGCCUCUCGGUUCCGUAAGACCCACGGCAGGGUGAUGAUCUCCCAAGUUUAUGCUGGGGAUCCAGAGAGGAAAGCAAUAAAGCCGAGCCAUUUUG